AACCCAGCUAUAAAGCCAGAAGCUCGGCUCCUGAACGUUACUUCUAUCUGCCCUCCCUCGCGCCCCCCCCGGGAACAGUUGUAAUUGGUCCCCACUAUGCAGAGGAAUGGGUUGCUUCUCUGCCUCCUGUUGCACUGGACCUGCCUGGUCUCCGCACUCCAGAGGACGGACCUUUUCCCCUUUGGACCGCACACUGGAGACGUUGCCCUGCAGGAAGGCGACGAUGUAACCUCUGAGGCUAUCCAGCUCCGAAGACCACUAGCUUUUUACGAUACACAGUUCAACAGUCUCUACGUAGGAACGAACGGCAUCAUCUCCCUCCAGGAAUUGCCCAGAGAGAGCCAGUACGUGGACGAUGGUUUCCCUAUCGAUUUCCCGGUGAUAGCCCCCUACCUGUCGGACAUCGACACCAGCCAGGGCCGGGGCCGCAUCUACUACCGGGAAGACCAUUCCCCCGACACCUUGGAGCGCGUCGGCUGGGAGCUCCGCAAAGCCUUUCCCGGGAGAGGAAUCAACCCGGGGAAUUCCUUCAUCGCCACUUGGGAGAACGUGGCACCAUACGAGGAAAUGACGCGCUCCAACCCUUCUUCUAACAGGUUCAACACCUUUCAGGCAGUGUUGGUUUUCGAUGAGUCAGAUGCCUAUGCGAUUUUUCUGUAUCCAGAGGAUGGGUUGAAUUUCUUUGGGACCCGGCCAAAGGACUCGUACAAUGUUCAGUUUGAGUUACCUGCUCGAGUAGGAUUCAGCAGAGGAGAAACCGAGUUCACGCGGUGGAGAGGAGAAGGUUCCUACUAUAGUGUCACCACCAAUGAGCAAUCUGUGAAGAAUCUCUAUCAGAUGGGCAAUUCGGGUUCUCCAGGAAUAUGGAUUUUUCAUAUUGGUGGAGCUUCCUCCUUCAACAAUAUAAUGCAAGCAGAUGUCAGAGGGCAACCUUCAGCAGAAGACACUGUGGUCACACUGGAUAGUGCCUUAAGUGGUCCAGCUACCCCCGAUGCACGGGAACCUGAUUACACUGCAAAUGAAGAUUACAAAUACUAUUAUGAAGGUGAAGAUUUUGGAUAUGCAUCCUCCAUUUCCACUCCACCUCCUGGGAGAGAUGGUGGCAUCCCAGAUGACCCACCAUAUCCGGAUGCGGGCAUUAUUCCAUCCUAUCCUGCAGGCUAUCCGGAGACGGGCAUCAUGUCAUCCUAUCCUGAAUCUGGUGUUUUGUCAUCGUACCCAGAAAGAGAUCCUGAAGUUGGGACUGGGGUGAGGUACCCUGACGGAUACUCGGAGGUUGAGUCCUUGCCUGGAAAUCCACAGCCAGUGACACAAGACAGACACGUUGUCAGUGUGGUAGAAGACGGGAACCUCGGUACUGGCGUGUUCACAUACAAUACGGACACACGGGAAACAUGCGCCAGAAGCCGUCAGCAAUGUUCCCAGCAUGCUUACUGUGCUGAUUACUCCAGUGGACUCUGCUGCCAUUGCCAUCCUGGUUAUUACGGCAAUGGAAGGCAAUGUCUACAAGAAGGUGUUACUCAGCGUGUAAACGGAAAAGUAAAUGGAAAACUAAUGGUGGGAUCCAGUCGUGUGCCUGUGGAGUUUAAGAAUGCUGACCUGCAUGCAUAUGUAGUUGUAAAUGAUGGGAGAGCAUUUACAGCAAUUAGCCAAAUUCCUGAGUCAGUGGGUUGGGCGAUGCAAUCGCUGUCUGUAAUUGGAGAUCUCUUCGGAUGGCUGUUUGCUGUGCAGCAGCCUGGCUUCGCAAACGGCUUCAGCAUCGCAGGUGCCAAAUUUAUUCGUAGUAUCGACAUCACGUUUUAUCCAGGCAAUGAGCAGUUAAAUAUAAUGCAAAUAGCUCGGGGUUUGGAUGCACACAAUUAUCUCAGUGUAACUACGGAGAUUGAGGGAGAGUUGCCUGAUAUUUCUGCGGGAGCUACAAUCCAGAUCCAACCAUACGAAGAACUUCUCUACCGCUCCACUUCUGCGGUCACCUCCACAGCCCACCGGGAUUAUUCUGUUGAAGCUGGAAAUGGUGAGAAACAAACACAUCGUUAUCAAUUGAGACAGAACAUCACCUACUAUGAUUGUGAGCAUGCGCCAAAGACCAUUCCAGAUGCCCAACAACUUAAUGCAGACCAUAUUUUUGUUCUCUAUGAUCGGGAUGAGCAAGUGAUCAGAUAUGCAACAAUCAACCGGAUUGGACCUGCCAGAGGUAAUCCAAGGCCUGACUCGGUGAAUCCAUGUCAGGAUGGAAGCCAUAACUGUGAUCCCAAGGCCCAGUGUUAUGCACUGAAUGACCAUGAACACAUCUGUACGUGUGCACCAGGCUAUGAAGGCGAUGGCAAGGUUUGCAAAGAUAUUGACGAGUGUGCUGGUGGUAGUUCCCAUGGAUGUGGUGCGAAUACUGAAUGUGUCAACGUCCCUGGAUCCUAUGGGUGUGAAUGCAAGCAAGGCUAUGCUGUUCCAGAGGGUGGGAACACAUGCGUACCAACGACAGCAGCCAGUGAGCGGCAAAAGUCUGCCUGUGAGCAGCAGAGGGAUCGGUUAGAAGCAGAGGUGAGGCUGCGUGGAUCUCAGCCACUUGUGGGACACCACAUCCCUCAGUGUGAUGAAGAAGGGAACUUCAGGCCGAUGCAAUGCCACAGCAGCACAGGCCACUGCUGGUGUGUGUACGAAAACGGGCAGGAAGUCCCAGGGAGCCGGACACUACCUGGAACAGCUCAACCACGCUGUGGGACAACAGGAGACAGUGAGCGGCCAAAGACUGCCUGUGAGCAGCAGAGGGAUCGGUUAGAAGCAGAGGUGAGGCUGCGUGGGUCUCAGCCGCUUGUGGGACACCACAUCCCUCAGUGUGAUGAAGAAGGGAACUUCAGGCCGAUGCAAUGCCAGAGCAGCACAGGCCACUGCUGGUGUGUGUACGAAAACGGGCAAGAAGUCCUAGGGAGCCGGACACCACCUGGAACAGCUCAACCGCGUUGUGGGACGACAGGAGACAGUGAGCGGCCAAAGUCUGACUGCGAGCAGCAGAGGGAUCGGUUAGAAGCAGAGGUGAGGCUGCGUGGAUCUCAGCCGCUGUUGGGACACCACAUCCCUCAGUGUGACGAAGAAGGGAACUUCAGGCCAAUGCAAUGCCAGAGCAGCACAGGCCACUGCUGGUGUGUGUACGAAAACGGGCAGGAAGUCCCAGGGAGCCGGACACUACCUGGAACAGCUCAACCGCGUUGUGGGGUGACAGGAGACAGUGAGCAGCCAAAGUCUGCCUGUGAGCAGCAGAGGGAUCGGUUAGAAGCAGAGGUGAGGCUGCGUGGAUCUCAGCCGCUGUUGGGACACCACAUCCCUCAGUGUGACGAAGAAGGGAACUUCAGGCCGAUGCAAUGCCAGAGCAGCACAGGCCACUGCUGGUGUGUGUACGAAAAUGGGCAGGAAGUCCCAGGGAGCCGGACACUACCUGGAACAGCUCAACCGCGUUGUGGGACGACAGGAGACAGUGAGCAGCCAAAGUCUGCCUGUGAGCAGCAGAGGGAUCGGUUAGAAGCAGAGGUGAGGCUGCGUGGAUCUCAGCCGCUGUUGGGACACCACAUCCCUCAGUGUGACGAAGAAGGGAACUUCAGGCCGAUGCAAUGCCAGAGCAGCACAGGCCACUGCUGGUGUGUGUACGAAAACGGGCAGGAAGUCCUAGGGAGCCGGACACCACCUGGAACGGCUCAACCGCGUUGUGGGACGACAGGAAACAGUGAGCGGCCAAAGUCUGCCUGUGAGCAGCAGAGGGAUCGGUUAGAAGCAGAGGUGAGGCUGCGUGGGUCUCAGCCGCUGUUGGGACACCACAUCCCUCAGUGUGAUGAAGAAGGGAACUUCAGGCCAGUGCAAUGCCAGAGCAGCACAGGCCACUGCUGGUGUGUGUACGAAAGCGGACAGGAAAUCCCAGGGAGCCGGACACCACCUGGAGCAGCUCAACCGCGUUGUGGGGUGACAGUGACGGUUGAAGCCAGUGAUCGGCAAAAGACUGCCUGUGAGCAGCAGAGGGAUCGCUUAGAAGCAGAAGUGAGGCUGCGUGGGUCUCAGCCGCUUGUGGGACAACACAUCCCUCAGUGUGAUGAAGAAGGGAACUUCAGGCCGAUGCAAUGCCACAGCAGCACAGGCCACUGCUGGUGUGUGUACGAGAACGGGCAGGAAGUCCUAUGGAGCCGGACACUACCUGGAACAGCUCAACCACGCUGUGGGACAACAGCAACGACAGCAGUGAGUGAGCGGCCAAAGUCUGCCUGUGAGCAGCAAAGGGAUCGGUUAGAAGCAGAGGUGAGGCAGCAUGGGUCUCAACCGAUGUUGGGUCUCUACAUCCCCCAGUGUGAUGAAGAAGGGAAUUUCAGGCUAAUGCAAUGCCACAGCAGCACAGGCCACUGCUGGUGUGUGCACGAAAAUGGGCAGGAAGUCCCAGGGACCAGGGCACCACCUGGAACCAGCCAACCACACUGUGGGACAACAGCAGCGAUUGAUCGUCCAAAGUCAGCCUGUGAGCAGCACAGGGAGCGGAUGGAAGCAGAGGUGAGCCUGCGUGGGCCGCUUGUUGGAUUCCACAUCCCUCAGUGUGAUGAAGAAGGGAACUUCAGGCCGAUGCAAUGCCAGAGCAGCACAGGCCACUGCUGGUGUGUGUAUGAAAACGGGCAGGAAGUCCUAGGGACCAGGACACCACCUGGAACCACUCAACCGCGUUGCGGGACGACAGAAGCCAGUGAUCGACCAAAGUCUGCCUGUGAGCAGCAGAGGGAUCGGUUAGAAGCAGAGGUGAGGCUGCGUGGGUCUCAGCCGCUGUUGGGACACCACAUCCCUCAGUGUGACGAAGAAGGGAACUUCAGGCCAAUGCAAUGCCAGAGCAGCACAGGCCACUGCUGGUGUGUGCACGAAAACGGACAGGAAGUCUUGGGGAGCCGGACACCACCUGGAACAGCUCAACCACGCUGUGGGACGACAGAAGCUAGUGCUCGGCCAAAGUCUGCCUGUGAGCAGCAGAGGGAUCGGUUAGAAGCAGAGGUGAGGCUGCGUGGGUCUCAGCCGCUUGUGGGACACCACAUCCCCCAGUGUGAUGAAGAAGGGAAUUUCAGGCCGCUGCAAUGCCACAGCAGCACAGGCCACUGCUGGUGUGUGUACGAAAAUGGGCAGGAAGUCCCAGGGACCAGGGCGCCACCUGGAACCGCGCAACCACGCUGUGGGACGACAGCAGCCAAUGUCCUGGUAAAGUCAGCCUGUGAGCAACACCAGGAGCGGAUGGAAGCAGAGGUGAGCCUGCGUGGGCCACUUGUUGGACUCCACAUCCCUCAGUGUGAUGAGGAAGGGAACUUCAGGCCGAUGCAAUGCCAGAGCAGCACAGGCCACUGCUGGUGUGUGUACGAAAACGGGCAGGAAGUCCAAGGGACCCGGACAGAAGCAGGAACGGCACAACCACGCUGUGGGCUGACAGAAACCAACGAGCAUCCAACGACUGCUUGUGAACAGCAACGACAGAGACUGCAAGCGAUAAUGAGCCUGCGUGGGCCGCUUGUUGGACUCCACAUCCCUCAGUGUGACGAAGAAGGGAACUUCAGGCCGAUGCAAUGCCACAGCAGCACAGGCCACUGCUGGUGUGUGCACGAAAACGGGCAGGAAGUGCAAGGGACUCGGACGGAACCAGGAACUGGUCAACCGCGUUGUGGGACGACAGGAGCCAGUGAGCAGCCAAAGUCUGCCUGUGAGCAGCAGAGGUAUCGGUUAGAAGCAGAGGUGAGGCUGCGUGGGUCUCAGCCGCUUGUGGGACACCACAUCCCUCAGUGUGAUGAAGAAGGGAACUUCAGGCCGAUGCAAUGCCACAGCAGCACAGGCCACUGCUGGUGUGUGUACGAAAACGGGCAGGAAGUCCCAGGGAGCCGUACACUACCUGGGACAGCUCAACCACGCUGUGGGACGACAGCAGCUGAUGAGCAGCCAAAGUCAGCCUGUGAGCAGCACAGGGAGCGGAUGGAAGCAGAGGUGAGCCUGCGUGGGCCAAUUGUUGGACUCCACAUCCCUCAGUGUGACGAAGAAGGGAACUUCAGGCCGAUGCAAUGCCAGAGCAGCACAGGCCACUGCUGGUGUGUGUACGAAAAUGGGCAGGAAGUGCAAGGGACCAGGACACCACCUGGAACCACUCAACCGCGUUGUGGGCCGACAGUUUCAGAAAGCAAUGAACGCCCUAAAACUGCGUGUGAAGAGCAACAACAGAGAUUGCAAAUGGAGAUGAGGGCAUAUGGACCUGAACCAUUGCUGGGACACCACAUCCCUCAGUGUGACGAAGAAGGGAACUUCAGGCUGAUGCAAUGCCACAGCAGCACAGGCCACUGCUGGUGUGUGUACGAAAACGGACAGGAAGUCCCAAACACCAGGACACCACCAGGAACAGCUCAACCGCACUGUGACUUGUCAGCAACCAAUGAACGUCCCCAGACUGAUUGUGAGGAGCAGCGAGAGAGACUGCAAGCAGAGAUGAGCCGGCAUGGAUCUCAGCGACUGGGACUCCACAUCCCUCAGUGUGAUGAAGCAGGGAGGUUCAGGACUAUCCAAUGUCACGGCAGCACAGGCCACUGCUGGUGUGUGAACGAAAAUGGGCGUGAGAUUCCAGGAACCAGGACCCCACCAGGAACUGGUCAAAUACGCUGUGGGUCAGCAGAACAAAUUGAACAGCCCAAGAAUGCCUGUGCUCGACACCAUGAGCAAGUGCAAAGGGAAUUGAGCGAGCAUGGAUCUGAUCCUCCCGUUGGGGUCUACAUUCCCCAGUGUGAUGAAGAAGGGAACUACCAGGAAAUGCAAUGCCACAGCAGCACCGGUUACUGCUGGUGUGUGGACGUAGAGGGGCUGGAAGUUCCUGGGACCAGCAGAGGUCCUGGCAGGGGUCUACCACGCUGUGGGCAGACUGCACCGAUGGAGGCUCCAAAAGCGCCUUGUGCCGAGCAGCGGGAUCAGCUGCAAGAGGAGCUCAGCAUCCACAGAGCUCGCCCCGCUGUGGGAGUGUAUGUCCCUCAGUGUGAUGCCCUUGGCAACUUCAAACCUCUGCAGUGCCAUGACAGCACCAGCCAGUGCUGGUGUGUGGAUGAACUGGGCCGAGAAAUCCCUGGGACCAGGACCCUUCCUGGCAGCGACCAGCCAAGAUGUGGGCUGCCAGAGCCCCUCCAGCGACCACAAACAGUGUGCGAACGUUGGCGCUCCAGCCUCCUGGAGCACUACGGAGGUAGUCCAGCUGAUGAUCAGUACGUACCCCGGUGCACUGAGUUUGGAGAGUUUAGUCCUCUGCAAUGCCAUGGGAACAGUGGUUACUGUUGGUGCGUGGACCAGGAAGGUCGCGAAAUGCCAGGAACCAGGACGGAACCGGGCACUCCACCUGCAUGUAUACCCACUGUUCCACCUCCCGUUACCCAGCCAACUACAGCAUCAGUUGUGACUGUACCACCCGCAGGAGCCUUCCUUCUGUACGCUCAGGGACAACACAUUGGGUACCUGCCCCUGAAUGGUACUCGGCUGAACAAGGACGAAGCCAGGAGCCUGUUAGCUCUUCAUGGUUCAAUUAUUAUUGGUAUUGAUUAUGACUGCAGGGAUAAGAUGGUUUAUUGGACUGAUGUCGCAGGCCGAACUAUUAAUCGAGUUAGCCUGGAAGCUGGUGCAGAACCGGAAAUGAUCAUUGAUAUGGGAUUAACUAGUCCUGAAGGUCUAACCCUGGACUACCAUCACAGAAGGAUGUUUUGGACUGACAGUGGAUCAGAUAAAAUAGAAACUGCUGCAUUUGAUGGUUCUGAACGGCGAGUUCUUGUAGACACUGAUCUGGUAAACCCCAGAGCAAUUGUAGUGGAUUCUGCUCAUGGCAAUCUUUACUGGACAGACUGGAAUCGUGAAGCUCCUAAAAUUGAGACUUCUCGUGUGGAUGGAACAAACCGAAGGAUAUUGAUCAAUAAAGACAUUGGAUUGCCCAAUGGGUUGACAUUCGACCGGUAUUUCUCACAACUCUGCUGGGCUGACGCUGGAACCAAAAAUCUGGAGUGCGUAAACCCAGACGGGUCAGGGAGGCGUGUAAUACAGAGUGGCCUGAAUUAUCCCUUCAGCAUUGUUGCUUACUCAAAUCAUUUUUACUACACAGAUUGGAAGAGAGAUGGAAUUAUUGUUCUACCUAAAGUUGGGAGGCAGAAUCAAUAUGGGAAUCAGAUUCUUGAUGAGUACCUACCUGAUCAGCGAUCACAUCUAUAUGGAAUAACCGUGGCUUAUCCUUCUUGCCCAUAUGGAAGAAAAUAAACAUCACUAUUGGUCAUGACAACCAUGCCAUACAUUUCUGGAGGAAAAGGAAGACUUUAUUUGGAGCAGGGUGCUGCAGACAGAAGUGAAGUCCCCCCCCCCCCCCCCAAUCCCCUUCUGUUUAGUAAGAAUUAAACUGAAAGUGUAUUACAGAACUAUUUUUGUAAGAAUUUUCAUACCUCAUUUCUUUUUUAAAAACCACUACCGUGCUGCCUUUUGAUUGACUGGUAAAUUGUAGACAAUCACUGCCUCAUAAAAAUACCAGCCUAACAGGCCUCUAAUUUUAACUGUUAUAACACAGUAACAAAAGCUGUGGUUCUUUGUAAGAUAAAUACAGAAGUAUGAGAUUCAGAAACCAGGAGCAUAAACACCAAAAUAUAUAGUACAGCACUUUAGAGGCAGAUUAAGGGAAGUCAUAUUUUUCUAUGUUUAUGUAAAAAGCUCUAAUUUUCCUUCCCAUUUCAUUUCUAUGCUAUUCUUGAUCACCUUAAAGACAGCAGUUUUAGAUCUUGAAACGUGCAUCUUAAAUUUUAUCGUCCCCUUUAGUUAAUAACCCAGAUGUCAUCAUAAUUGUUGACCUAGUUAAAGUAUUUUUGACAACAAAAAAGCACACAAGAUCAGUUGCUGCUCGAGUUGAACAUUUCUGCUGCACUAGCAUUGCCUCAAGCAGUUAUGAAUCGCGACAAAAUUUGCUAGAGACAAUCUGAAAUAAAUAGCAACAACUGGAUUUUAGUUGGGUAUAUUUAGCUGACUCAACACAUGUACAAACUAAAACCAGAAAGUCAUGUUACUGUGGACAGUUUAUAGCAAUUCAAAUUGUACUUGAGUAUUUAUUCCACCAAAGUUUUGACAUUGCUUUGAAAUUACAAAACAAUGUUUUAAGUUUAAAAUUUCUGCCAAAGAUCUGAAUAAGAAGCAUCCAAAGUUUAUUGUCUUUAAUUUUAAAAUAGAUAAAAAGAUCUGGACUAAAUCCUUGCAAAGUUUUAAUUUGUUCAGAUAGGGAAACCAUUAUUGCAGUUUUAUUUUAAAUUGGGUUAUUUAAUAAGUAAUUCAAUGGUUAAAUGUCAGUAAUGCCAAGUAUGGUUCUGUAACAUGUAGAAUGCUGUAUUUAUGUCAUUAGGAUAAAUUAAGGAGUUGAGUAAAAGAUAUCCAACUGAUUCUGCAAUGUGGUUUUCAAUCUCUGAACACAUUUCUCCACUGAAAUUCUGACAAGUGGUAUCGUCAAAUUUAUGGCAUGGCAGUUUAGAACAUUCAGCAGUGCAGGAAAAGAGGUUUCAGCCCUGAGCUGAGGCCAAGUUAAACUAAUCUCGUCUGCCUGCACAUGAUCCAUAUUCACCCAUUCCCUCCAUGCGCCUAUCCAAAAGCAUCCAAUGUCACUAUCGUAUCUGCCUCCACCACCAACCCUGGCAGUGUGUUUCAGGCACAGACAACUGUGGGCAGGGGAAACUUCCAUCACACUUCUUCUUAAACUUUUCCCUUCUCACCAAAAGGCUAUGUCCUCUAAUCCUUGACAUUUCCACCGUGGGGAAUAAAAAUGUUCUCUGUCUAAUCUCUCAUUAUUUUAUAUACUUCUGUCAGGUUUUCUUUCAAUGUUCCAGAGAAAACAACCCAAGUUUGUCCAACCUCUCCUAAUGCAGACAGCAUUUCUGGUAAAACUCCUCUGUACCGUCUCCAAAGCAGUCACAUCCUUCAUGUAAUGGGGUGACCAGAACUGCACACAAAAUCAAAAUGCUAUAAAGAAAAUAAUAUCAAUUGACAGGAUAAGCAGCCAGAUAUUAACAUUUUUUUCCAUAAUUUUUGCACAGUGGGCACACAAUUGAAGGAUAUGACCAAAAUAGUUUGUUACCGGCAUCUAACUUGAGAAGCAAGGAUGGAAGUGAUAUUUGACCUAUUUUUAAAUUGUUGUAAAUCUACAAAAGGACCAUUCACAUUGUAAAAAUGUUAAAGGUUUGAAAAAAAGCAUUACCUGGCAAUAUUUUCUUUAAAUCCAUAAAUCUCUUCAGUUUGCUUUAUAUUUGAACUUUGUGGAAUUGAUCUGAUAAAUAUCAAAUUCUGGAUUCCCUUAAUAUAAAAAUAUUUAAAGGUAAUUACAAUAACAAUUAUCUGGAGGAGGACCAUAGGCGAAUAUUCAAUGCCAGAGAGGCGGUUUGAUAUUAAUGGAGACAAAAUUCCACUCGCUUUCAGGUAUGUUUUCCCAACUUCACAUCUACCCAGCCACCCUCAGGUUACAAAUGCAGCAAAGCUAAAAAGAUCCAGGCAUAUCACCCUCUCUCUAUCUUUACGUACUGGGACACCAUUAGCCUGAUUUAUAAAGUUAUAUUGCUGCAAAAUCUGGAUAAUAUAUAUUACGGCAGUCUGUUACGUUAGCCAUUGUAGCUUUUACAUAAGUUAUGUUUAAACAUUAAUUAUAGCUUGGCAGUGGACAUUGAAAAAUCUGUGCAUAUUGUCACCUUCUAAUACAGAAAAUAAAUUGAGUCUUUCUGGCUGUAGUAGUCACUGCAACAUGUUGAUUAGCACAGAUCCUCAAAUGGUUUGCAUCAAUAAACGUUUGACAAAAUAAACCUGUUCCGUAUUAUUUUGUAUCUGUUUCAUUUUCGAGUGCACGCUUCAAGUUUGCUCUUUGCUAACUACUUUUCUUUAAGGCAUAACAUGUAAUUGACAGAAUCUAAAGUUUAAUUUUAUACUUUGUCUAUUCCCUAUUGUAAUGUAUAUACAUCAUCUGAUACUUGAUUAAUUGGGAAAAAUAAUUUUAAUCACCCUGUUGUACUUUGUUCCAACUUGACAAUAAACUCAAAUCUUGUAAUUUG